AUGCAGAAGAUGAGUGGACCACCUCAGAACAAGUCAAGCAACAUGGGAAGCAACCUGACUGCAGGUGGACACAAAGAGAUGGGUGGGAGUAACUUCAUAGCUGGAGUCUUCAUCCAGACCAUGAAUAAGAAGAUGAGUAUCUAUGAUGCCAUGAUGAGGGGGCUCCUGACACCAGGUACGGCCCUGGUGCUUCUGGAGGCACAGGCUGCUUCAGGGUUCCUCACCAACCCCGUGACAAAUGAGAAACUAUCAGUGAAAGAGGCACUGACUGCAGGACUCAUAGGCAGAGAUUUUUAUGAGAAGCUGCUGUCGGCAGAGGGAGCCGUGACAGGGUACACAGAGCCGUACACAGGACACAGGAUCUCCCUCUUCCAGGCCAUGAAGAAAGAGUUCAUUGUCAAGGAGCACGCUAUCCGCCUGCUUGAGGCCCAGAUCGCCACCGGCGGCAUCAUCGACCCCGUGCACUGCCACCGCGUCCCUGUGGAGGUGGCCUACCAGCGUGGCUACUUUGACCAGGAGAUGUGCCAGUUUCUUUCUAACCCCAAGAAUCAAACAAGAAGUUGCUUUGACCCCAACACACAUGAAAACCUCACUUAUACACAGCUCCUCCGCCGUUGUGUCCCCGACCCGGACACAGGGCUUCUCAUGCUCCACGUGAUGGACAAGGGCUCGGUACUCUACCAGCUGAACAAGGAUGCCCGGAAAGCCCUGCAGGCUGCCCGCACCACCAUCAGCGUGGGGCUCUUCCAGGGCCAGAGUGUCACUGUCUGGGAGCUCCUCUUCUCCCGCUACGUUCCUGAUCACCAGAGGGAGGAGCUGCUGAGGAAGUACAAGGUGGGGACAGUGACCAUCCCGGAGAUGAUCACCAUUCUCACCACCAUCAUUACUGGGGCAGAAAUGGAAAACGGGGACCUGAGCUCAGCCACAGUUACACCCAACACUGAGGUGGGAGCAUCACAACCACUUGAGGAUGCACACUCCCAUGAGCAACAGUUGAGAAAGUCCUUAAAAUCUGCAACCAUCUAUGUCACUGCUGGUGAGUUCCAGGGGCAAAAGAUUUCCUUGUUGGAUUUGCUCUUUUCCAAAUACAUCCCUCAAGGGAAGCGGCAGGAGCUGCUGGAGCUGUACAGAGCAGGGAUACUGACCACAGAACAGGUGGCUGCUGUGGUCACCACCAUCAUAAACAGAUCAGAAGCUGCAAAUGCUGCACUCAUGGCAAAUGCCAGAAGUCCACACAAGGUAGUGACAAGGGCAGAGGAAAAUGGAGACGAUUUUUCAACGCAAGAUGCACAGCUAGAUAACAUUCUGAAGUCUACCACCAUUGAUGUGCCAGCUGGUGAACUGCAGGGGAGGCAGGUGUCUGUGUGGGACCUGCUCUUCUCCGACUACAUCCCUGAGGAGAAAAGGGAGGAGCUUCUGGAGCUGUACCGUGAAAGGGUAUUAACUCUGGAGCAGAUGAUAACUGUUGUCACUACUGUCAUUAAGAAAAAAGAAGCUACAAGCAGAAAAUUGCUGAUUGCAGUCAAGACUUCUGACAAGGACACUGUGCCAGUGGCAGGAGAGAAGGAUGCUGUCUCCCCCAAAGAAGAACCAUGGGAAACAGCCUUGAAAACCACAGUCGUUGACAUGGAGGUCGGAGAGUUUCGGGGCCACAAGGUCUCUGUGUGGGAUCUGCUUCACUCCAAGUAUAUCCCUGAAGAGAACAGAAAGGAGCUCCUGGAGCUGUACCAGGCAGGAGAAUUAACCCUUGAUCAGGUGAAAACCGUUGUCAGCACUAUUGUAACCAAGGCAGAAGCAGCAGCAAGGGCAGAGCAAUUGGAAAAUGCAAGUAGUACAAGAGCAGAGUCAGCAGUCACAGAAGCUGAGCACACCCACCUGCAGGAGAACAGGACCUGGGAAGAGACCCUGAAGUCCACCACGGUUGAGAUGUCAGUGGAUGAGUUCCAGGGGAGGCAGGUGUCUGUGUGGGACCUGCUCUUCUCCGACUACAUCCCUGAGGAGAAAAGGCAGGAGCUCCUGGAGCUGUACCGUGCAGGGACACUCACCAUUCAGGAACUGGUCAGCACCACCCGCAGCAUUGUGACAGACAUCAAGACUUCUGACAAGGACACUGUGCCAGCGGCAGGAGAGAAGGAUGCUGACUCCCCCAAAGAAGAACCAUGGGAAACAGCCUUGAAAACCACAGUCGUUGACAUGGAGGUCGGAGAGUUUCGGGGCCACAAGGUCUCUGUGUGGGAUCUGCUUCACUCCAAGUAUAUCCCUGAAGAGAACAGAAAGGAGCUCCUGGAGCUGUACCAGGCAGGAGAAUUAACCCUUGAUCAGGUGAAAACCAUUGUCAGCACUAUUGUAACCAAGGCAGAAGCAGCAAGGGCAGAGCAAUUGGAAAAUGCAAGUAGUACAAGAGCAGAGUCAGCAGUCACAGAAGCUGAGCACACCCACCUGCAGGAGAACAGGACCUGGGAAGAGACCCUGAAGUCCACCACGGUUGAGAUGUCAGUGGAUGAGUUCCAGGGGAGGCAGGUGUCUGUGUGGGACCUGCUCUUCUCCGACUACAUCCCUGAGGAGAAAAGGCAGGAGCUCCUGGAGCUGUACCGUGCAGGGACACUCACCAUUCAGGAACUGGUCAGCACCACCAGCAGCAUUGUGACAGACAGUAAAGAAAGGCAUCUUGCAACCCUUCCCCAGCAGACAGUGGAUCUUCUCCAGUCUGAGGGCUCCUACAUCACUUUUGGCCAGUUCCAGGAGCAGAGGGUGUCAGUGUGGGAGCUCCUCUCCACCAAGCAAGUCUCCGAGUAUAAACGGGAGGCACAUCUCGACACUUAUGGCACAGGAGGGCUGACCGUGAACAAGAUCACCAUCACCACCACUGUCAUCACAGGCCCACAGCGUAAGAAGAGACACCACCAGGACCACUAG